CGUUAUGGCUUCCUCUUAUUCAUAUCCUGAAUUAUUUUUGGCGGGGUUUAUAUUUACUUUGCCCUUUUUGUACGAAAAAAGCAAUGUUUUUCGAUAUUAUUUAAAGUUUUUUCUUUAUUACUCGUAUGUUUUGAUUAUGUGCACUAUUUUACUGCCUGUGGUGCUAUUAUAUCCGCGCGAUGUUACGAACCUAGUCGUUGCUUCCAGAUUUUGCCGUUAUGCUUCGUACAUAGUUGGUAUAGAAUGGGAAAUGCGAGGAAUGGAGCACUGGGAUAAUGACGAGUGUUAUAUUGUGAUAUCCAAUCACCAAAGUUCUUUAGAUAUUCUAGGCAUGUUUGAGAUGUGGCCUCGUAUGAAGCGCUGCACGGUGGUGGCAAAGAGGCCGUUGAUGUUCACUGGUGCCUUCGGUUUCGGAGCUUGGCUCUCUGGACUGGUAUUUAUAGAUCGCCUAAGAACAGAUCGAGCUCGGCAACUUAUGAAAGAGGCUACAGAAAGAGUAAAGGCAGAUAAGACAAAGCUAUGGAUAUUUCCAGAAGGAACACGAUUCAACAAAGGCAGUAUACAGCCUUUUAAGAAAGGAGCAUUUUAUUUAGCCAUUGACUCACAAAUUCCUAUAAUGCCAGUUGUAUUUAGUCAGUACUACUUCCUAGACAAUGAAUCCAAAACAUUUGAACCAGGAAAAGUUGUUAUCACUACUCUACCUCCCAUAUCUACCAAAGGUAUGACUAGACAUGACCUGGAAACACUCUCUGACAUGACGCGACAACAAAUGAUCGAAGUGUUCAAUGAAAGCUCAAAAAAUCUAGUCAUGCAGAGAAAAAUUGCUUUUUAACUUUCUACAUGCAUCAACUGAAUCUAGCCUAUAGUGCAAAAAAAUUGAUACUCAUAAUAGUUAAAAUAAUGUUAGUUUUGUUUUAUAAAUAUCAAUUUUCAAAAUUCCUGUAAUUUAAGUUUAAAGGAUUUGAAAAUGAAAUUUCUAGUCUGUUGUUACCAAAAACGGUUAUUUGUUAAUUGUAAAUCAGUAUCAAAUUUUAAUUGUUCAAAUUAUGCACAUUAGUCCAAUGAAAGUCAUUACUAUUGUUUACAGUUAAGGAUCAUUUUAGAUUAAUUAAUAUAAGUUUCUCAUUAAUUGUUCCAGUCAUCUUUUGCCAUGGUUGAAUUGUUAUUAAAAGAUGAAAAAAAGUUUCAAUAGGAACUACUAAUGUCUACGGACUUCUGCUGCCUGCAUCGAUUUCUCGUCGUUGGUUCCCGCUGCCGUGUAUAGCUCGCUCCUUAUUUUGGCGCACCCGUAAUUACUAAGAGGCAAAUAUUGUACCUAUAUAUGAUUCCAAAAUAAUAUAAAUUUGUAAAUUAAUUACAAUUUGAUAUAAAAUUAAGUUUAAUCGUAGAAACAAAUUUUAAUAUACAUAUAAUAAAUAAUAGUAAAGUAGGUUCUUCUGUAAAUUUUAAUAUAUAAAGGAACCUACUUUAAAUGUUGGAAACACAACAGUGUUUGCAAGGCGUAGGUCGUACUAACGUCACAAAGCGGCAUGCUAGUGAAUUUGGCAAAACGAGUUCAUGCAUAGCGCCACGCGGGGGUAUCGCUUCGGGCAGCGGACCACGCCGUCGGAGAAUAUUAAGACCCUGUACUAAUAUUAAUGCAUAUGCGCAUAGUAAGAGCUCAAUUACUUAAGGAAAAAUGAAGAUGUCCAUGGGAACUCAUUAACUAAAAGUUUGAGUAUCUCACUAGGAAUUGCAUUCAAAUUAGUAUUGGGCCUAUAUAUUGAAAUUGGGCUGUGUUUGUAAAGGUUAGCCAAUUAAGUGUCUUCAUUUGUGAGGUUGUGAGAGUUUGUGCAUGUAUCAGCACCAGGCUAGUUAAACCAGUAGGACUUAAGUGCUUGUGGCAACUUAUUUUCCACUGAUAAUUUAAUCAUCAAACAACUAUUUAUAAUUACUAAGUCCCAUGAAACAUAGGAAUAGAUAUUACACAUUUCUUAAAAUAAUAUUGCUUUAUUGCACAUUGUUUUAGAUAAACUUGUCACAGGCACUAAG